AUGUUACACAAUCGGACUGUUUAUAUACUGCCAAACGAACUCCUGCCAAAGCGAUUCCCACAAAGCACAAGCACAACACCAAAACCACCGGCAAGAACCAGGAAACCAUCCAAAGAUGAGAAGUCGACUCCUGAACCGUCACCGGCGCCAGAAGACCAAGAAAAGAAACCUAACAUUUGUUCACGGCUCAUGGGCAAAUGCAAGAGCAAAUGUUGCCCUUGCUGCAUCAAGGGUGAAGAUGACGAUGGACACGUGGAAGAGGGUAAAGGCAGUAGAUGGAACUGCUUCAAGAAAAAGGAGACUGAAGAUCCUUCAGCUGUUGAGAGAGCUGCAGGGAAAACGGCUACUAUUGAAUAUGAAAACGAAACUCAUCGCAAGCGAUCCGUGCGCGAGCUGCUCUGCGGGUGCUGCAAGCGACAGAGGCGUGUCAGCGACGCGUCGGGUCUGGCAACGCGCGACGUCACCCCGAUGUCACCACACGUUGUCAACGAAACCAGCUGCUGUGGUACAAGGAAGAAUAUCGAGAGAAGGGAUAGUAUACUCAGUGACCGGCCACCAGGAGGAUGCUGCAAUCGACUCAGUAUGUGGGCACGUGGCAUAUGUCGGCGGCAUUCAGAUCAGUCUUCCAGCAGGCGAACUAGUAUGUUCUCUAAGAACAAGAGCAUGUCACCCACGCUACCACCAGAGACUAUUUUGUAUGAGAGCUUUGCUGAUAAAGAAUCACCAUAA